AUGGCUGAACCAGAUGUGAUCCGCGAGCAUUCGAAAGGGGGCACUGGUUCGGGUGUGCCAUUUGCUGGAGGCAGUGGAGAUGGACCGCAGCAGCAGGGGUACAAUACAAAUGGGGGAGUUUCUCAGGGAGGAAAUGGUGGAUCUGGCUCUGGAUCCAACAACGGUAACGUAAACGCGGUCCAAAAUGGAAAAAACGUCGGUGGGGAAAUCGGUCGCAUCUUGGGCGGGGAUUCUAGCUCUGGCGGAGGCAAUAGCGGUGGCGCCUCGAACACCUCUCCCAGCGGCCAGGUUGAUUCAGGCAAAUCUGUCGGCGACGGCAUUGGUGGAUUACUAGGGGGAAUGCCUGGUGGGGCUGGCUCCAAUACAGGAGUAAGCUCUGGGGUGGAUUCCAUUGGUGAGCAUGACAUUAUCACCAUUAACGGUCAGCCAGUGGGAUACAUCCCUAUCCCAGGCGGUGCUAUCGUUGGCGGCCAAACGGUUUCGCUGGGGCAAACUGUGACUUUUAAUGAUGUUGCUAUUAGUCUCCCCACAAUAGACCCAUCUCUAGGACAGGCAGGCAAUGGACAAUCUGGUUCCGGUUCAAACUCACCGGGAGGAAAUCCUGAAGAUGGUCACCCGCAGGUGCUAGUCAUCGGUGGUUCCUCCACCACACUCACUCCUCCUGGCCCAGUGACCCAUCAAGGUCCCGCAAUUACCGUUGGGCCUUCGAUCCUAUCCUCGACCCUGUCCAGAUCCAAUGUCACUACGAUCGCGGGAACUACAUUAUCAAUCGGCACGAGCGGAACUAUCAUCAUCGGCGGGAAUACCACUGUCCUUUCGAACCCAAUGCCGGGUUCGAUCACCAUCGGCCCUUCUACUGUGCUAUCUCUAUCCAAUGGUGAUAUUGUGAUCGGAUCAAGCACGUUGAAGCCUGGUGCGGUCAUUGCCAUCGAUGGCACUGUCAUAUCAAUUGGAACAAGCGGCACUAUUAUCGUCGCAGGGAGGACGUCAGUGCUGGGAACAACAUCCGGAGCGACCCAAACGACCGGGGUUGGAGAUUAUGUUCUGAGUGGCAUUGGCGGUCGCUUGAGCAGUAGCCCAGGAGUUGUAGGGACCGGAAGUGGAGAGCACCAAUCAAGACGAAGAAGCCGGCGAGUGCUGCUUCAAAGCCUGGAAUGCCGUCGAUUGGAACCAUUUUGA